AUGGAUCCCUACGUCGGGUGGUAUCAGCCCGAGCAAGAAGGACCCGCGAAGCGCUUGUGGCUUCGUAUCUGGGAAACUCAAAGUGAAACCGACAAAAUGAACCUCAAAAACUUAGAAAAUGCUAAUCCCAACGUGAAUAAAACACCAGACUUUAUACCCUUAAACGAGGUGAACGGUGAAAAUAGGAACAAUAAUUACUUUAACCCUACACGAAGGAAAGUUAACGACAAUCGUGCUUCUACGUUUAACCUGAACCAAAAUCACGAUGCUCUCAUAGGUGAAUACGGUGGCUGUCCUUGGAGGAUACCCAACUAUAAUUACAAGCCUGGUGUUCUGGGUCUGCACGAGGAGAUCGAGCAUUUCUACAUGUACAUGUCUCCAUCUGAAACUGAACACCUCGUCAGAACAACUGUCGUGACUCGUAUCAGGAGCGCCAUACUGUCCUUGUGGCCGCAAGCUCGAGUUGAAGUGUUCGGGAGCUUCAGAACAGGCCUCUAUCUGCCUACCAGUGAUAUAGACCUCGUGGUAAUAGGUCAAUGGGAGAAGUUGCCUCUGUGGACUCUGGAGCGAGAGCUAGUGGCCCAGGACAUCGCGGAGCAAGACAGCAUCAAGGUGUUGGAGAAAGCGACCGUCCCUAUAGUCAAGAUGACCGACAAGUACUCUGACGUUAAGGUGGACAUUUCUUUCAACAUGAGCAGUGGCGUCAAGAGUGCGGAGCUGAUCAAACAGUUCAAGGAGCAAUACCCAGAGUUAUCUCGUCUAGUGAUGGUGUUGAAGCAGUUCUUGCUCCAACGUGACCUCAACGAAGUGUUCACCGGAGGCAUCUCCUCAUAUUCACUCAUCCUCAUGUGUAUAAGCUUCCUUCAACUACAUCCACGGCCAGAACGACUAAGACAAAGACAUAACCUUGGAGUGUUGUUGAUUGAGUUCUUUGAGUUGUAUGGAAGGAAAUUCAAUUAUGUGAAAACAGCCAUCAGGGUCAAGAAUGGAGGAUCGUAUGUCUCUAAAGAUGAGAUCUCUAAGGAGAUGAACGACGGCCACAGACCCUCGCUCCUGUGUAUCGAGGACCCCCUCACACCUGGCAACGACAUCGGACGGUCUAGCUACGGAGCUAUACAAGUUAAACAGGCGUUCGACUACGGCUACAUUAUCCUCCAACAAGCCGUAGCGCCUCACAACGCGUUGCUAGCUCGACACAGUGUAUUGGGUCGUGUCGUCCGCGUCACGGAUCACGUGUUACAAUACAGGCGCUGGGUUAGAGAUACAUUCGAGCCGUUCUUCUUCCCGCACCGCGUGAGGCCGCGGAGGGUUGGGAACACACGCUCGCCAACCCCCGACCCCACACCAACACCGACCCCUACACCGUCAGAUACUGACCCCGAGUGGUCAGACGGCUCGGGUCCUUCAGGUCCGGCCCGCACGUCCCCGCCACCGCUGUCAGCCCUACAAUGCUCAUCUCCAACACCGCGGAGAGUGUCGGCUCACCAGUCACUAAUAAUACACCAUAUAACGAGCAAUUCGGACUUCAAUAAUAUACCAUCGGACCCGCUUGCAGGGGUGCUCCGCCCCCGGCCGCGGCCCCGCCGUCGCGCUUCGCCCCCCCGCGGCCGAGCCCAACGUAACGACCGGUCCGACAGACAGGACCGGAACGACAGACCGGACCGUCACCGCAAGAGACGCGGCUACACACGAUGA